GUUCUGGGAGCCAAUUUCACAAGGAAGUUUGAGCCUUGGAGAACACCAGCUUCCGACUGUUUCUCCGGCGAAGCCAACAUCGGGAUCUCCUUCUCCUUCCAGGGUUCAGCCCAAAAUCCCUCCACGAAAUCGUCGACGGCAGCAUCGAAAUUCGAGGAGACAAUGCAAUCACUUCUCCAGACAUACAAGAACCUCGUCCUCUACGCUUCCCUCUCCCUCUCCCUCACCCUUCUCCUCUCUUUCUUCCGCAUCCCCGUCCUCUUCCUCCGCGGCCUCUUCACUUACAUCCAACCCGAGAACCUCGGCCAGAGCGCCUCCCAGUCCGGUCCCAGAGCCGCCAUUCGAAGACCCAGCUCCGAUCCGACUAGCUCUGGCCUCAAUGGGUAUCAGACUUUGUCCUCCGCCACCAGUGCCGAGCUCAAGAAGAGGGGCAGAUCCAAGGACAAGCUCGAGUUCGACGAGAGCAAUGCCCAGAUCUUCAGGCUCAAGCUCGACGAGGGCCAUCUCGAAUCGAGAAUAUAUUUCGGUGAGUAUAGCAGCGUCUUCGCUUUAUCUCUCGUGGGCGUUUCGUCUGCUGUGCUUAAUUCGUACUUGGGCGGUGGUCCCGAGGAUGAUGGGGUUUUGGCGGACGGGUCUCUGAUUCCGGUUCUGUUCGGAUUCGUUGCGGUUUCUAAGUGGUUCUUGGCGCUUGCUAAGGUUUCUUUCGAGAGGUCGGCCUCGAGGAGGUCGGAGAAGCAACUGAGCUUGUGCUUUGGGGGUUUGGGGUUUAUCACGGGGCUCUUGAUUUGUUCGUCGCUUGCUCGGUCAAGUCUGGAUUUUGAUUUCGGUGCAGUAGAUGGUUCCUGCGCCAUUUUAAUCGCGGGCUCAAUGGGUUGGCUCGCCGGUUGUCUUUAUGUGCCUGCGGGGAAAAGUGCCCGGGCGUUUUGGCUUGGUACCGAUCAGAUUCGAUCCAACCUGUCCAUAAUUUCUUGCGGAUGGUUUGCGAGGAUGGUACUCUUUGCGACCUAUCUGUUGAGUAUUUUCACGGCAUUGCUCUGGAUCAAUCCAUUGUCUAAAAUGCUUGUUAACGAAAGACUCGGUCAUGGUAAGGUGGGGAGCUUAUCUGGUGAUGGCGGAGAUGCUGACAGAUUACUAGGAAAUGUGGGAAUGUCGAGAUCGGAUUUUACCAAGUUUAGGCUUUGGUGCUUGCUGAUAUCGAGUGUCUUGCAAAUCGUGGCUUUCCGUUCAGUCUUUCAAAUGUAUCUGAACGAAGCAGUACUAUCAUGGUACCAGAGGUUGCACGCUAGCAGAGUUCCGGAUUUAGAUUUUAGUAGGGCGAAGGUUUUUCUCCACAAUCACUACCUAUGCCUGACUAUCUUGCAGUUCCUCGCCCCCCCAAGCUUGGUACUUCUCUUUCUUGGCUUAUCUCAGAUUGAAGGUAACCCCUUUGGAAAGUUAAAUUUGCAAUGUGGCCAGCUACUUUGCUCGGCUUUUCUCAAGCAGGUGUCUCUGCUCAUGGCUUGGUGGGUGAUCUUUGUUUGGACCGUGUUUGCUUCUGUGACCUUGGUGCUGUACCGCCGUGGUUUUUUGUAUGUUUCCUGAGGCUCAUUCCACAGUAGGAAGGGCUAUGUGCACCAGCCCAGGUUUUGGGCCUUCAUCUUUUGGCCUUCGGGUGACAAUUUUGACUAAUUUUGAGUGGAGUGGAGUCUCGCACUUGCAAGACCCUUCUAAAUGUUAAUUUGAUAGUUGCAAUACAUGGGACCACACGGGCUCAUUUCAUUGCUGGAUAGACUAUAUUAUGAAUUGCGUCGGCCACUGACUGAUAACUGCUGGAGCUCUUGCAAGUUCUCUAUUAGUUUGGUACAGCUGGAGCUGGAUCUGAAAGGCUUCUGUGAUUGAACUGAAUGUGGAUUUGUCAAAGAAGAGCAUCAUAAACUGCACUGUCAAUGCAAUGCUAGAGAAGUUUGGUUUGAUGGACUGGAAGUUGAUCCUUGAUGAACUUAUCUGCUCCUGCAGGCUGGAACGUCCUCGACAGAACCAUGCACUAAUAUUUUCAACAUUGAUUACCUUCUGUUCGUUGUUUUUCUUUUUUCACCUCUAGCAAACGAAUUCCUUUAUAUGGCUAGGGAACAGCUGAAGGACCCAAAUUUUUCAUCGAAGAUAUUCCCUAUGCCAUCGGCACC